UGGCCACACUGCUGUCUGCCAAAGCUAAAUUCCACUAUAACCUCUUGAUGUUGUUGAUGUGGUGUCAUUGUAAUCAAUGUGCGAAAAAUGUCGAAACCCAUUAAAAUCAGUAUCCGAAGCUUACUACUACUACUUACUGCAUAUGAUAAGCAAGUAUGAACUAAGAUUUUUUGACAAAUUUAAUUAAGCUGCAAGUCUGUCUAAUGACGAAGAUAAACCCACUCCCCUGCUCGAAGUUGAAAAACUGCUUAAACAUCAUGCACAGUCAUCAAAUUGCCAGCAUAUCAUUGUGAUCUCAAUGCUAAAGAUUUGAUUUGGAGCUUGUCAAAAAUGAAAGUGUCAAGUAUGAAUCUAGGCAUGCCAGCUGUCCAAUUGGAAAAUUUAAAAAGGAAAUGUUUUGCCAGUGUGACUGCUGAUGACUGGAAAAAAGCUCUGAUUUUUGUGAUUAAUGUUGAAAAUACAUAAUGAGUAAAUGUUGGUGCUAAUUGAAAAUAAAAACUAUGUCAAAACGUAGUUAAUGUUGUCGAUUUGUUUAUAUUUAUUGUUAGACUACAUUCUUUGGAGGCUCCAAACUUUUAAAUAAAUAAUCAAGUUUAGAAAAAAUAUCAAGAUUCAGACUAUAUGCGGGGUUAACAGUUAAAAGAUUAUUAAUUUCGCCGCCAGAGGCUUGUGCCACGUUUGUUAGGCUCUAAGCGGCCACGGCGACAAAUAUAAAACAUAUAUGUUUUUCACCAACAUCAUUUCAUGAAUCCAUCUAGAUAAAUUAAGUUAUUUUUCCUAGGGUGCAAGGAUAAAUUAUUCAGUCUGUGGUAUAAUUGAAGACGGAAAAUAUUUUCUUCAGUAUAUAUAAUAAUAUCUGGUGUCAGUGUCAGUAACCUCACCAUAGAUGAUAGAACACUAUUAUUUCUAGAGUUCUAGCGAAGAGCCUCACAUGUGAAGUAUGUAAACAUUUAACAAUCAUAAUAUCUACAUUAUAGAUGAAAUAUUAAGGAAUUCUUAUAUUCAGUGCGAAGACCAUUAAAUAUAUCACUUUACGACCAAGAAAUAAUUUAUAAACAAAUUUUUUACUUCAUAUAUGUGUGUGUAUAGUGUGUAGUGACGGACGGAGAAAAUUUUUGGAAGAAAAUAAAAAAUCGCUCUCGAAAAGAAUGGCAUUGUAGGUAGAAAGUGCCAUACACUGGUAACUUGUUCAAUGUCUAAAUUAAAUUCAAAGUAUUUAAUUGUUGGAGGUGGAAUAGCUGGAGUAACUUGUGUAGAAACUUUAGCAAUACUACAUCCGGGCGCUACUCUUAUCAUUAUAACUGCAUCUUCUUUAGUCAAAAAUGUUAGCAAUAUUACUUUUUAUGCAAAAACAAUAGUGAAAUUUGAUGUGUCUGAAACUGAAGCAAGCUCGUUGAAAAAAAUUCAUCCUAAUCUUCAUAUUGUUUAUGAUUCUCUAAGACAUGUAGAUACCACACAUAAAAUUGCAUAUACUGAUGGAGGUAUAGAAAUAACUUUUGAAGCCAUAUGCAUAUGUACUGGGGGUAUUCCUAAACUAAUAUCAGAUUCUAAAAAGAUUAGCAGAAUUAUUGGCAUAAGAGAUACUGAAUCUGUUGAACAUUUUCAGGAAAAGUUAAGAAAUGGACGUAGGAUGGUAGUAGUUGGAAAUGGUGGAAUUGCAUCUGAAAUCAUUCAUGCUAUUAGAGGAAUAGAAAAAAUCUGGGUUGUUAGAGAUGAAUAUAUUUCAGCAACAUUUGUAGAUCCAGGUGCAGCUGAAUUUUUACAAGAUUCUGUAAAGAACUAUCAAGAGAAACAGGAAAAUACUGUCUUAAGAAGACAUAUUUUCAGUGAAGAGGAUAAAUUGGUAUCAGUAAAUAAAAAUCUUAAAUCUGCUGCUUUGGGACCUGAUUGGUAUAGAAAGUUGGAAAAUGUUAUAAGUAGUGAGGGGAAACAGGAAUUGGAAAUAAUUUACAAAUCAGAAGUUGAAUAUGUUAUAGAAAAAGAAAACACAGAAUACCCUCUUUAUGUCAAACUUUCAAAUGGGAAAGCAAUAGAAUGUGAUUUUGUUAUUUCAGCUACUGGGGUUGAGCCAGCUGUCAACUUUACUUGGGAUGAGGAGCCAGUUUUUGGCAAAGAUGGAGGCAUAGCAGUUAAUGAACUGCAACAGACAUCAAUUCCCCAUGUGUUUGCUGCUGGAGAUGUGGCAAGUGCAUCAUGGGAACAUUCUGCUCAUUGGUUUCAACUUCGACUGUGGACACAAGCUAGGCAAAUGGGGGCUAUGGCUGCUAAGGCAAUGCAUGCCAAAAUUAAUAAAGAAGAUGUUUUGCAAGAUUUUUGUUUCGAGCUAUUUACACAUUGCACUACUCUUUUUGGUCAUCGAGUAGUGUUGCUUGGUAAAUAUAAUGGACAGGGACUUGAUAAAAAAUAUGAGAUUCUACUCCGAGUAACUCAUGGUCAUGAGUAUAUAAAGUUUGUUUUACAAAAUGGUAAACUCCAAGGUGCUAUUUUAAUUGGUGAAACAGACCUUGAAGAAAUGUGUGAAAAUUUAAUACUAGAUCAAAUUGAUUUAACCCCAUAUGGUGAUGAUAUUCUUAAUCCUGAUAUAGACAUUGAUGAUUAUUUUGAUUAAAGUAAUUUAAGUUCAAAUUUGUCUUUAGAUAAAUGUGCUGGUGCUACUUUUCAGGACACUUUGAAAUGGCAAGAUGUAACUAACAUUGAAAUGUCAUUUUUAUAUUAUAUGGUAUAUUAUUAAAUUUUAAAACUAAUAAAACAUAUCUUUACCUACAUUUAAAUUUGUGUGCAAGGACAUGACUUAGAAGGCCAAAUCAAAUAUUCACUUAACUAUUAUUUAUGAAUAAUGUAUCGAAAUGUUAGUGGUGUGAUAUGUGGUAGUAACUCACCUACCUUAUUCCAUCUCUAACCUAUUUGAACAAAUAAGAGUGGCUUGAUGUUUGAUAACAACUGUUGUUUAUACAUACUAUUUACUUAACAUAAUUAAUUAAAGAAUCGUACUGUAAUAUAAAAAAAUUGUUUUACCAAGGUACCCUUUAAAUUUCAUGUUCAAAGAGUAAAUUAAGAAAAAAUAUGAUACCUAAGUGAAUAAUUGUUAUAGUUAACGGAGAUGGAUUUGCAAACACUUUUGUUAUACUUAUUUAACCAUCUUUAAUCGAAACGACUUACUUGAUUUUUUAGAAUACUUUUAUAAAACCAAGUCUCGCAAGUCAGUUCUGUCGUAAAAAGAUGUGAGAUCCAUAUAAUUCUUUCUACCACUUCUGUAACAUUAUUAUCGUUUUCCUAUAAAUUCGUUUCUUCGUUCCGUCAGUCUUUUCUUGCUUCUUUAUAAGGUUUCAUUGAUUUGUAUCAUAAAACCAAAUUAUAUUAAAGAAUCUGACUUUUGAUCUGAGGAAAGAAUAAGUGCAGCUAAACCUUCAUAAUAAAGAAUUGCCUUCCUA